AUGGAAGAUAUAAGGUUCAUGACUAUGGAUUGUAAAUUUGGUGCAACAACGCAAAGAAAAUUCCUUGAAGGAAAAUAUCCUUCACACCCGAUUCAUUCCAAAGAUCUUUAUGCCGCAAUACAAAAAUUUCAACCUACCAGCAAAUCUUUAUCAAAUGAUGCAACUAAAAUUUCUAACUGGCUUGAUCAACAAAAGGAAAUGGAUUCACAAUUCUAUAAGUGCCUCAAUAGUUUUGCUGAAGAUGCCUUUCAACAACAGUUUGAUAAGCUUAUACAAAACUAUCCAAAUGCACGAACAUACCUAGAAUUUCUUUAUAAAUCAAAAACAUGUUGGGCACAUUGUUUUACUAGUUUUAAGUUUACAAGAGGCAAGAUACCUAGUUCUCGUGUAGAAUCUGUGAAUACAUGUUUAAAACAUAAAGAAAAUGAAUAUAGAUUUUGGCAACUGGCAAUUCCAUCAAUUAAAAAUCAACAAAAGACAAAUUUUUUGUUCACAAAAAUUGAUCAAUCAACUUUACUUGAAAAUACUGAAAAUGCCGAAAUAGAAGAUGAAGAAAACCAAUCUAUGCCUUCAGACGAGAUAACAAUUGAUAUUACGCAAGCAACAUUAAGACAAUUAAUUAAAUUUGUUGGAAUUCACAAUAUUAAGAAAUAUGGGCAGAUAGUAAUUCUAACUACAAGUAACGCGGUAUUUCAUAUUAGACUUAUUCCUUCACGAUGGUAUUUACCAUACUUGAGCUUAUUUAAUCAAGACAACAAAGAUCUUCGUGAAGAAAGACUAACAAUUUUUGAACAGAAAAUUGUUUAUGGGAAAUUGCAUGGCACAUAUAAGAAAGCUCUUUCAAAGGCAUUGCAAACAAAUUCCAAAUCACAACAACUUAUCAACUUGCUUCAAGAAUUUAUUGAAAAUGAAGAUACUCAACAAGAAAAUGAUACUAGUGAUAAGGAGAAUGACCCUUCGGUACCACUAUUGCAAAAUCCAAAAAAACGACGUGAUUUAAAUCGGCUCAUGAGGCUCCUAAAACAAAAAACCAACGCAAAUGCAAAAAAUGUGGAAAUGUCGGUCAUUACCAAAAAAACUGCAAGAUUUAAAGCGUGA